AUGGGCCCCAAACUCUUCGGCCUGGCGGACCAAUUUCCCGAUGAAAAGGUGGCCCGUAGUCUUACCUUGAUUGCGAAGACGCUGCAGAGUCUCGCGUCGCUGGUGCAGUUUGGAGAGAAGGAACAGUACAUGCGCGCGCUCAACUUCUACAUUGUGGAUAACAUGAAACGCAUGCAGGCCUUUCUGGACUCCAUCAGCGUGAACACCAUUCCUGAUGAUCUCGAGGAGAUGGAGAUGAACCUCGAUCCCGGGCGGGAGCUUUCGAGACUGCACCGUAAUCUGCAGCUAUGCAACUCAGAGUGCCAAGACAUGCUGUCAAAGACUGAAGACAUGGACGCAGACGCUUUGAACCGUGUGAAAGCGGUGUGCUCCGCUGUUGAUAGAAUGACUGCGUUGCACAUCAAAUACAAAUUGGCCUCUCAAUUGCGUUUCCGAUCUCAGUUUGCGCAACUGGAAACAACGAGCGAGAACAGUGAAGGAGAAGCACUUGUUUACUCAGCAACCAUGGAGCCAUCUAUUCCCGUGGGAGAAGGGGACUUGAGCAUCGCCAUAGCCAUAGGUAGUAUAGUGUAUGGGCCGAACUUGUCUCCUGUUUACACUUAG